UAAAGGGUUUUCUAGGAUUAAUCAAACAAAAGAUACUAAAGAAAGAAAAACAUCAGCAGUUUUAAGCGAAAGAGAAAGGGAUUGAAGUUAGCCCUAGUAUACUGGUCCAAGUCCUACUAUUACUACUACUGUUGUUUUCCACCCUCCUAUAUAUUAUCAUCACCAACCCUAUUCUCUCUCUCUCUCUCUCUCCCCUCUCACUCUCUCUCCUCUUUUUUUUCCCUAAUAAACAGCACUAACAUCUUAUGCAAGUUUCACCUCAACCAGUCCUUUGAUGAUUUGAAGCUCCAAAGUCACAUAUCAUAUCCUCAAUUCUUCAUCCUCGAAACCCAGAAAUGAUCCCCUUAUGGAAACAAAACCCUUAGCUAUUAAAAACUAUUACUGAUAUUAUUCAAACUCCAAAAGUAGUAUUGAUCCAAUUAAGAUCUCAAAAAAAAAAAAAAAAAACCAUGGAUUCAGUCCAAGAAUUUGAAACCUCAAACAGUACACAAACCCCAUCAACCCUACUAGUGAACAUCAACCUCAACCCUACAGAUCAUACAAGUAUUAUUAGCAACACCGCGAACUCCUCGUCGUCGUCGUCGUCAUCGUCGCCAUCGUCUUCGUCGUCGUCCCCGACAACUCUCAGCCGCUACGAGAACCAGAAGCGGCGGGAUUGGAACACCUUCGGGCAGUACCUGCGGAACCACCGGCCGCCGCUCUCGCUGGCCCGGUGCAGCGGGGCCCACGUGCUGGAGUUCCUCCGGUACCUCGACCAGUUCGGGAAGACAAAGGUGCACACCCAGCUCUGCCCUUUCUUUGGCCAUCCGAACCCCCCGGCGCCCUGCCCCUGCCCGCUCCGCCAGGCCUGGGGCAGCCUCGACGCCCUCAUCGGCCGCCUUCGGGCCGCCUUCGAGGAGCACGGGGGCAAGCCCGAGGCCAACCCCUUCGGCGCCCGGGCCGUCAGGCUGUACCUGCGAGAGGUCCGGGACUCGCAGGCUAAGGCCCGGGGGGUUAGCUAUGAGAAGAAGAAGAGGAAGAGACCGCCGCAGCCUCCCGCGGCGCUUCCGCCGACAGGACCCGGCCCGGCUGCUCCGGGUGCAAGUGGUUAGUAAGAAUAAUUAUAAGGUGUUUGUGUUGAAAAAAGAAAAAAUGGAAGGAAAAUUAAUUAUUCUAUGUUCCGAUGAAGAAGGGUAGCACUAUAUAUACUUUCUUUUACCUUAUAAUGUUCUAAGGUUUGUGAAUUUUUUAUUUGUGUUGUUCUGAUAUGAAUAUAAUAUGA